UUACUCAGUUUGGGGACACAGCGUUGGAUGUAGCCAGGGAAAGGAAGCAUGAGGGAUGUGUGCAGUUGCUGGUGGAUCACGAGACUGCGAAGGAGGCCAAACAGCUGCAGGCAGGAGAUACUGCUGUUCUGCCAAGUAUCAGUGACCUCGAAGCAGCAGAGCAGGAGGCAGCCAGGUUGGGCGGUACGACCGUCAUCCAUUUCCUGCACGUGGCAAUACUUGGUGCGGCGCGCGUUGGAAAGACCAGCUUGCUGAAGGCGUUGCUUGAGAAGAUGCACGAUGAGAAUGAACUCAGCACGCCCGGCAUGCGCACGUCCUACGCAACUACAAACAUCUCUGAUGACUGUCGAUUCAUCGAAUGCCCAGACAUGCAAGAUGCUCUGAGUCGACUCUACGUCAUCACCAUGAUACGCACACCAUCCACUUCGAAUCAUCCCCAAGACAAAGAGACAACACAAGAUGACAGAGAGAGAGCCCCAGCAGGAGAGGAUCCUGUGGCUGGGACCCGUCCAGGACCUAUGGAGGCCAGCAGUAGCAGUAGCAGCAGCAGCAGCAGCGACGGGCCAGCAAUACGCGAGGAAAUCCACGAGACCAUCACAGGAUUUCUCAACGCAGACCGGGUAAAGUACAUCUCUGACCGGGCCAACACGCCCGAUUAUACCGUCAUCACAUUCCGCGACCUUGGAGGGCAGCAAGUCUACCAAUCCGUGCAGCCCCUCUUCAUGGCCAGAAACACAACCUUUAUUGCCACAUACAACUCUUCUCUGGACCUUCUAGAGACCCUUCCCAAGCUCGAUGAAUUACAGGUCAGCCGGGAAGAAUGUAUCGAGCGGGCCACUCUACCGGCCAAUGCGACUCGCCUAGACCAGCUGCUCGGCUGGCUCGACAUGCUGCUGCUGAAUGCGAAAGCUGACAGCAGCACAGACCAGAGUGCUGCAGAUGAUGUGUUUGUAGUGGGGUGUCAGAGUGACAAGCGGAACAAAACCGAUUUGCCUGAUCCUAGUGAAUUACUUCAAGAGAAUAUAGAAGGUUCACGGUAUAAGAACAUUGUCUGGAACGAAACAUCGUACUUUGAAAUCGACAACACCAGAUCCGCUGGAAGUGCAGCACAAGCAGAUGAGCUGCAGCGAUUGAGAGAGGCCAUCAUCGACCGCUGCCAGAAGAGCCAACGUAACAUCCCUGUUCCAUGGCUCCGAUUUUGCAUAUCCAUGCACACGCUCAAGCAGGAGGUCACGUGGCCUUGGAUUUCCUUCAAGGAGGCAAAGUUCAUAGCGAAGCAAGUCAAGGCUGUUCCACAUGACUGCAGUGACCGGCAAAUACAGCUGCUGCUGAAGUACUGCCACGAAGCAGGCCACCUGGCGUACUUCCCAACUUUCAAGCUGAAAGACACAGUCAUCCUGGAGCCCCAGUUCAUCCUGGACUGUGUCAAUGCCUUUGUCUACAUGAAGCUUGACCGAGACAUCACAGUGCACGAAGCGCGGCGCUAUAAGUCUGGGUUCAUGACGGAGUCCCUGGCACGCAAAGCUCUCAACAAGAUGUUCGAGGGUCAGUCUUACUGCGACCAUGCUAAGGCGUGGCAAGCAGUCAGAGCAAGCAGUGAUGGGUUCAAGCUCAUUUUUGAAAUCCUAGAAUGGCUCUCAGUCCUGGUAAUUGUGCAGGAUGAGCACGAGUUUAUUGUACCUGUAGUCGUCCGGGACAUGGGCACGGACCCACAGCCGCCUGGUUCCUGUGCCUACGUGUCCUUGAAGCACUCAUACCGCGAUGAGUUGAUGCAUUUUCCCGUGUUCCUGUACUGGCAAUGCGUGGUGGAGGUGCUGCUGAAGUCACACAAGCGCUCGGCUGCCAAGCUGUCACGGUGCAGCGUCCGCCUUCGCUGGAACAGAGAUUGGCCGUGGCUGCACCUGCACUAUACACGCUACGGCUUACAAGUGUACGUCGAGUGCAAGGGCCGACACGGCGGCAGCGGAAAGUCUACGCUGGAUGAAGUCCGGGCAAUCGUGCUCACAGUGCUACAGAAGUGGGGCCUGCAGGUCGAAGUGAUCAGCACAUUGCCAUGCCCCUGCGGAGAAACAUCGGACGAGGAGUGUUUACAGCAUGGCUUAUCUACGUGCUGCGCACCAAGCUGUGCGCACGCCUUGGACGCUUCCACCCUAGUGGCUGAAGACUACCCACUGUGUACACGUUCAGAGCCGGAUAUACAGAUGAUUCGUGAGCAGGCCAUAUUCUGGCUGGGCCUUGACCAGGAUGCAUGUGGAAGGCUGUUUGACCCGAGAUCGACCUCUCUUCCUUCAGCAGAAGCCUGUGCCAGUGUGGACAGUAGAAGCGGUGGUCACGGUGCUCCAGGAUGCGGUCAUCACAGCGCUGGUGAAAGCGGUGUUCACGACGCUGAAUUCAUGUCGCUUGGUGCCAUUGGUGAAAAGACAUUCGAUCAGAUUGCCGACCGGCAUGCGUUUGUGAGCUCGAUUGAACCGUUCAUCGGUGGAGAGGAGAAAGGCGACGCAAGAGACGAGGAUGAGAAGUCGUACAGCGACCCAUUCCAACAGCGUGAGUUUCUAACCGAUAUUUCGCCUUGGUUGGGCAAAUUACCAGCAGGAACAUUUCGUAAAAUGGCGCAAGAGGCCGGGUUCUUCGCCGAUCUGCAGCAGAUAGAAGACUUGAAGAGGAUUGAGAAACUAUAUGGAACACGCGCUCACAACGAAGCAUUGGUCAACAUUCUAAGCAGCGAGGAAAAGGCCGGCUACAUCAAGCUAGUGUUGAUCAUCAAACUCUGGGGUAACUAUCCCGACAAGGUCGACAAGAUGAACCAGCUUCUGCCACGACGGGCCCAUGUGUAAACGAUUGAGGUGUCAAGCACUUCACGCAGCACGCACUGGUACUGUUCUCUCUCUCUUGCUCUCUCUCUCUCUCUCUCUCUCUCUCUCUCUCUCUCUCUCUCUCUCUCUCUCUCUCUCUCUCUCUCUCUCUUCUCUCCCCCCUCUCUCUCCCCCCUCUCUCUCCCCCCUCUCUCUCUCUCCGUUGUGUGUUCUCGAUCUUACUGACUGGCUAUGCUAUUCAUCAAAUCCAUUCUUCCUUAGUCACAUUUGCCAAAUGUUAGCUACGUUAUGUUAUGCUUGAUCACUACCCCACUAAAUAUACGGAAAUGAAAUAGUCUAGUAGGUUAGACAGUAGAGACAGCUAAUUGUAGAGGACCACACCAGGUUACUAUGCCCGUUGCAGAAUUGCUACUUAUAGUCAUGCAGAUACAUGAAACAUUUCUUUUGAACUUUAUGAAUACAUAUACAGCAAUGGAAUAUUUUUAUUAGGCCAAGGAGGCCAAGGAGGAAAUAUAAUUAUUUUUGUCAAGUUACUUUUUUUUCGAAAUCCCAGUCAAAUUCAAAUUCCAGUCACUUAUAGAUAAUUGUACAAACUUAUAACCGUGCAACUCAGAGUUACAGCAGAAACACUUUUGAUUCCUCUCACGUGUGUGUACAAACUUAUACACUUGAUGAAAUGCUCACUUACAUUGUUACUGGUAUGUCUUAGUGCUAGCUUGUAACUUGCUCAUAACUACAUGUACCGUAAAGUAGCACCAGAGCGCUCCACCAUCUCCUA